AAAGUGAUGAUGAGCCCGCCCACUAUCUGCAAUAACAAAAGCGCGUCAUGUUUAGCUCCACGCCUUUUUUUUUGGUUCUAAAAAGUAAAAUCACGUCCUCUUAGCCUUUUGGGCCGACGAACAAAGUCAAAACACUGGCAUUCCUAAAGCUAUGACGCCAUCUUGGCUCAUUCGAGCUCGUCUACUUUGGACAAAAAAAGUAAGGAGAUGACCACAUACGACAAAGUGGAAUGAAGAAACUUCAUUAAAAGAGUCGUCCUUCGGCAGCCACCUUAGGCCUCUUCCUCCUCCUGCUGCGCACGCUCAGCUGGGCGCCAACCUGCCACAGGAACCUCACCGCCUUCAUCAUCAUCCUCAUCAUCGCCGUGUCGGCAGCACGCACGUGGAGCACGCCACGGUGUCUGCACGCCACCUGGUUACCAUGUUUUUGGCGGUGGACGUCAGGAGGCUCAGCGCUGGCCUUCUCGGUCGGUUCCGGGGGGGCGUGGCGGCAGCGUUGGGCGUGCCGGUGGGACGCGUCCACAUCAACGGUCUGAAUGAAGAGAAGAACGGCGUGGAGCUCUUCGUGUCGUCUGGUAGGCCGGACAUUUCAGAGCCCCGCCCAGCCGAGGAGGUCAUCCAGUCGCUGGAUGUCAGGGUCCUUCAUCAACACCUGGCGCACUUUGGCAUCACCGAAGUGUCAACGGAGAAGAACGUCCUGCAGGGGGGGCCGGGGGACCACCUGUGGAGGCGGGAAAGCCUCUACAGCGCCGUCUUGUUCCUCGCCGUUUUCGUCAUCGUCAUCACCUGCAUGAUGGUUUUGUAUCGCCUGAAGGAGAAGACCUCUGACGCACGGCUCAAAGCUCCGCCCCCUCACGUCCGCUCCACACCAAAGGUCGCGCCUGACUGUGCCCGGAGGUCAAAGGUCAUCCAGGCGGUGACGUCGGGAAGCACGGUCCAGGUGGAGCGGUCUUUGGCCCCGCCCAUUCCCCUGCAGCAGCAGCCAAUCGCAGCGUUCCCUCUGUGCAGCCCCGCCCCCGUCUCGUUCGUCCGCCACGUUGACCACGCCCCCCCGGCCGCUCCUGAGCUCAAACCGUGCCCCUCCCCCUUCAGGAUGAAACCCGCCUCGGGACUACAAGAGAGACGCGGCUCCAACGUCUCGCUGGUGUUGGACAUGGCGGCGCUGGCCUCGGUGGAGCCUCUCGCCGUUGCCGUGGUGACGCCCAGGGAGACGGUGGCCCGCGAGUAUCUGCUCGCCGCCAGCCGGCCGCUCACGCCACAGCAGCUCCGUGACAUCAUCGACGACGCGCACAGGCUGCACGCCGAGUUCUCUGAGAUCCCCAUGAACUUCACCGACCCAAAAGAGCUGGACGUUCCCAACCACGGGACCAAGAACCGAUACAAGACCAUCCUGCCAAACCCCCAUUCCAGAGUCCUGCUGCAUUCCAGAGGAAGCGGCGACCCGCUGAGCUCCUACAUCAACGCCAACUACGUGCGGGGUUACCGUGGCGACCAGAAGGCCUUCAUCGCCACGCAGGGCCCCAUGGUCAACACGGUGGACGACUUCUGGCUGAUGGCGUGGCAGGAGGCGGCGCCCGCCAUCGUCAUGAUCACCAAGCUCAAGGAGAAGAAGGAGAAGUGCGUCCUCUACUGGCCUGAGAGGCGGGGCAUCUACGGGAAGGUGGAGGUGGCGGUUGGCGGCGUGCGGGAGUGUGACCACUACACGGCUCGCCGCCUGACACUGAAGUACGGGAAUAGAACCCACACCCUGCAGCAUUACUGGUUCACGUCGUGGCCCGACCACAAGACGCCCGACUCGGCCGUGCCGUUGCUGCAGCUCAUUGGGGACGUGGAGGCAGAGCGGCGGGCGGCGUCUCCUGCGGGGCCCGUCAUCAUCCACUGCAGCGCCGGCAUCGGACGCACGGGCUGCUUCAUCGCCGCCGCCAUCGGCUGCCGGCAGCUGGAGGCGGAGGACGCGGUGGACGUGUUGGGCAUCACGUGUCGGCUGCGGGUGGACAGGGGCGGGAUGAUCCAGACCGGCGAGCAGUACCGCUUUGUCCAUCACGCCUUGAGCCUCUACCAGGCCCGCCUUGAGGGAGGCGGAGCUUGCUGACUUUGACGGACAGGAGAAGAGGGAAGGUACAUCACUGGAAGAAGUUAGCCGUUUCCGUGUGUGGACGUCUUUGUGUUUCUCUCUCGCGCACGUUAACGUGGUGUUAGCUGUCAUGUUAGCAUAGCCUGCUCGCUGGCGCUGGCGGUGCAGGUCUACCUCUUCCAUUGGAUUUUGGCCAAGAGCAACUUUAUUUUUCUACUCUUUUUACGUGUUUUCGGUGUCUGAUAGCAGUCGGUUGAUGUAGCAAUAAUCGAAAGGUCAUGUCAGAGUGGAACAUCCAAGUACUUUACGUUUUGGUACUUUUGUACAGUAAUUGUACAGUAAUCCCUCGCCACAUUCGCUUUUCAAAAUGGUUCUUCCCUGAUGGCACACAGCCGGUUAUUCAUCCGGAAUAUGCAUCUUGCAGCAAAUUGAGCCUAUUUUGGGCUGCAAUGAAGCACUUCCAAGCAUGAAAACGACUCAAGGAGGUCAAGUCCAAAUAUGAGGCCACGCCCGUCACUAGGUGGCGCUAAUGUUCCAUUAACCGCCUCCUUCAUUCUCCCGGCGCUAGCAUCCGGGGUCCCAACACCCCCCAGGGGGUCCAAACACGUCCUAAACAUUUACUGACAAGCCAAAACAACAAAUAUGGAAAAUGAGGUUGCUAAAAAUGUUCUAAUGUGAGGAAUAAAGUGAGAAUACGAGAAGAUGAAAUAGUUGGAAAAUGGGGAAAAACAGCAGAAAUGGGGAAAACCCAGCUGUAAUGUUCUGACAAUAAUCUCCAAUAUUCAUAGAGAAAUAGAAAUAUAUAAUAUGUGUGUGUAUAUAUGUAUAAUACCGUAUCUUAUUGAGGAAAAACGUCAUUUUGAGGAAAAAUCAUGUCAUGUAUCCCCCCUCGGCCACCUCCUUCUGGGUCCCAAAACAUGCUAGCUUCAUCGCACCCCCCCCAAAUUGUCCAUAGGUAUGAAUGUGAGUGUGAAUGGUUGUUUGUCUAUAUGUGCCCUGUGAUUGGCUGGCCCCGCCUCUCGCCCAAAGACAGCUGUGAUAGGCUCCAGCACGCCCUUGUGAGGAUAAGCAGUAGAAAACGAAUGAAUGAAUAUUACCAGAAGAAAAUUUGAAAUAAAAUCCAAAAAAGGGGAAAUACUAUGCCUUUUCACUAUAUUUCUUAGCAUAGAAGCUGACUAUAGGGGUGUUAUACUAUGUCUGGAGGGCUCUCGUCGUGAUAAAAGUAUAUUUGGCAUAUUUCGGUCUGCUCUGGCUGCCCACGUAUGGUAAUCAUACCUGACUGAUUGAUACCUGACUGAUUGGUUCCAAACGAGGGAGUACUGUAUCGUCAUUGUUUGCUUCUAUCCAAAUGAAGACAAACUUUAUUUAAACGUCCGAGCACGUGAUGCUAACGGUGUACGUGUUGGCUUGUCGGCACAAAGCAACAUUAAAGAAGUGGCUUGUCC